AUAUAUAUAAAAAAAAACUGCUAGAUUGAGGUGAUCGAAUAGAAGCAUAUAUCUGUAUAUGUAGAUAUAUGCUUAUGGUAAAUAGUGUUAGCGGAGGGGCUGGUUGUGUCGAAGUAAAUAACAGGAAGUGUAAAGUACAUAGAAACAAAAGUGCAACUAUUAUGUAUUUUUGGAUUGUACAUAUCUUUGUUAAAUUGUGUUCGCGCAUUACUGAGGUAAACAACAUUAUCAAAAUACAUUUACCAUUAAAGAAAAUACAAGAGGCACGCAUCUAGUAUUCAACCAGCUACAUUUUAGCUCAUUAAGCAAACGUUUGCACUCAGAGUGGCUGCCAAAGCAGAGGUAAGAGAAACGUAUAGAAGAUUGAAAAAAGAGGUAACAAAGAAGUAUUAGAGUCUCCAGAGGAGAAACAAAUACAUACCCAAAACAGCGAAAAAGCUUGUCUACCUGAGCAUUAACGAGAAGAGCGUAUUAGCGCGACGAGAGUGUUUUGUUGUCGUGCGUUUAAGUAAAGAGACUCAAAAUUGAUAGAAAUAACAAAAAGGCUGCUGCAACUGGUACCUCUGCCGAGGACCAGCCGCCGCGCAAAAAAGGACGACGUUCAGCAGGAGGAUCAACAGCAGCAGCAGCAGCCGCAGCAGGUACUUCGAUAACGGCAACCGAAACCGCAGCAGCAGUAGGAGUAACAGAAUUUGCUGGUAGCAGUGGCAGUAGUAGUCUCAGUACGAGUGUAUCUAUUGACGCAGAAACAGCGUCAACUUCACGAGCGGCACAACAGCAGCGAUUAAAUAAAAAUCAAAAUCAAAAUACACGUGAAAAACAAAAUAUUGGUGAAUCAAAAACAACUGAUACUAGUUGCAUAGACACCGAAAUAAAAGAGAAAACACAAGAAAAUACAAUCACGAUAACAAACACAAUAAGUAAUAGUGAUAGUGUUGCGAGCGUCGUCAGUGACGCAGUCGGUGACGAUACGGUAGAACAUAAUAUUAGUAAUAAUAGUGGUAAUAUAACAACGAAUAUGCAAAAUUCAACAUUAUCGAAUGCAUCUUCGUCCGGAUCGGGAUCGGGUUCGGGUACAGGUACCGCGUCAGUCUCCGCGUCCGUUGGGCCUUCGGUUGGCAAUGUAUCAUCAGCGAAUUCGGCAGCUGAUGGUGUCGGCGGUGGCGGUAAUACCGUAGGAAAUACCGGGGAUUCGCUAAUAAACGUAUCUAGUUCUGCAAACUCAUCAACCUCGACUUCGAAUGGACACGAUACAAAACACAAUGGAUUCACAGGUACCAGCGACGGUGGCACUGUGGAUGCCCAAAAUAAUCACGAUCAGGCGAUCGUGCCUGCCGUCAAUCACAACUUUCACUUAGACAAGUCUAAUCAGGAAAUUAUUCGAUUGAUUGGUCAAUAUUUACAAGACAUUGGUUUGGAAAAAUCGGUAAAGGCACUUAUGGGUGAAUCGGGCUGUUAUUUAGAACAUCCAGCCGCAUCGAAAUUCAGAGAGCAUGUAUUGUCUGGGGAAUGGAACAAAGCUGAUGCUGAUUUAAAGGAGCUUGAACCACUCAUCGAUAAUGGCAAGCCUUCGACUAUCAUCGAAAUGAAAUUUUUACUAUUAGAGCAAAAGUACUUGGAAUUCUUGGACGACGGUUGUCCAUUGGAUGCUUUACAUGUGCUGCGCAAUGAGCUAACACCACUCCAACACAAUACUUCACGUGUUCAUCAACUUUCCUCAUAUAUGAUGUGUUCGAAUAAUCAUGAUCUCUAUCAACGCGCCAAAUGGGAAGGCAAAGGUAUAUUAUCACGUGCGGUUGUCAUGGACCGUCUACAGGGGUUCCUACCGCCAACAGUAAUGAUGCCGCCACGUCGUUUACGCCACUUACUCCAGCAGGCUGUUGAAUUGCAAUCGGUACAUUGCGAUUUUCACGAUAUGGCCUUCAAAACGAAUUUACAAAAUGUAUCAUUGCUUAGUGAUCAUACUUGUGACACAGAUGGUUUUCCCAUGCAAACUAUACAAGUGCUAACGGAUCAUUGCGAUGAGGUUUGGUAUUGUAAAUUUUCACCGGAUGGCCUAAAACUCGCCACGGGCAGUAAAGAUUCCAGCGUUAUUAUUUGGGAUGUAGAUCCCUUUAAGCUGACAUUGAAACAUCGCCGUAUAUUAGAGGGACAAUCUAAUAUAAGUGUGGCUUUUGUCAGCUGGAGUCCAGAUUCGAAGAUGUUGCUGGUCGGUGGACCUGAUGAUACACCUGAGAUAAGCAUAUGGAAUGUUGAUGAUGGGAAAUUGGUGCUAAAGAUGUCACAAUCGGUAGACGAUAGUCUAUCGUGUGGUGCUUUCAAUCGUGAUGGUACACGUUUCGUUUGCGGUGGUCAAAAGGGUCAGUUCUAUUUGUGUGACUUGAGUGGUACCAUUCUCAAUACAUGGGAAGGUGUUCGCAUUAAUAGCGUUGCUUAUCGCGCUGACAAUAAGACUAUAAUAGCAUCCGAUAAUCAUUAUCGUAUCAGAGGCUACAACUUCGAAGAUCCCGGUACAGACUUCGACAUACUCAAAGAACCACAUCCAAUUAUGACAUUCACCGUCAACUCUGCCGAUCGUUUAGCAUUACUAAACAUUUCUAGCCAAGGACUUCACUUAUGGGAUUUGGAGGAUAAGUGCUUGGUACGUCGGUUUCAGGGUAUUCGUCAAAGCAAAUUCGCUAUACACUCUUGCUUUGGUGGCGUGAAUGAAAGUUUCGUGGCGAGCGGUAGCGAAGAUAAAUUGGUCUGCAUCUGGCAUAUACAACGUGAGGAGCCAUUGGGUAAACUUGCUGGACACACGAAAACGGUAAAUUGUGUUUCCUGGAAUCCCAUGUUUCCGUCCCUAUUAGCAUCCGCCAGUGAUGAUGCUACUGUACGCAUUUGGGGCCCGAAAUCGCACAGUGCCAAUGCAACACCUGAAAGCGAUGACUGUUCGUCUUGUUCAUCGUCGUCUUCGUGGAAUAUGACAUCGUAAUUUUGCACAGACACACUCACACAACACAUACCUUCAUAUAUAUAGAAACACACGACAAAACGAUAAUCAAUAGAAAGAGCAUAUACAUAUGUAUACCCACACGCCCAAUAUUAUUUCCGCCAUAGCCAGUUAGUUAAAACAAGCUAAAAAAAAAAAAGAAAUAAAAAA